UAAAACCUAAACCGGAUCGUGCCGUCUCUCAGCCAGUUCUCGGUAGUCUCGGAUGUCUCGGUAUCAUCUCGGUCUUCUUUUUGGUAGAAUAUAGGACAUGUAUAAAAAAAUUUGAACAAUUUCAACAAUUGAAGAUAUUUUACUUAUCCAAAGACAGUAAAAAUGGCAGAAUAUUUAAGCGAUAAUAUAAACGAUAAGAAAAACGAUAAUGAAAGUGAUGACAAAAGUGAGAACAUAAGCUAUAACAUAAGUGAUAAUACAACUAAGUAUGACACAAAGGAAACUGAUUGUGAUACGAGGGAAACUGUUCGUAGGCAAUUUUAUAAAAACCGCAUAAAAAAAUAUAAUAUUAAAUUAGAAACUGAUGAUAGUACACCUCAAGAAGAAAGACGUAGACUGUUAUUGGAACACCAAAAGAAAUUUAGAGAAAAAACAAUUAAUGCUGCACGCGGUAUAUUUCCACAGUAUUCUGUAUCAGAAAACGAAGAAUGUGUGGAAGAGGAAUUCAUGGACACAGAAUGUAUGGAAUAUGCGAAUGCGGAGUGUGUGAAGUAUACGAAUAAGAAGCAUAUGGGUGAGAAAACGAAGAAGUGCGCUUCACAGUAUUAUAGGAUUAUUCCAAAUCAGUCCAGAACUUAUCGAAUGAUGUUGUCGGAAUGGAUGUUAGAUGUGCCACAAGAUUUCAUUGAUAACUGGAUUAUGGUUCCGUGUCCAACAGGACAUCGAGUUAGGCUUAUCUCAGGCCGGGGUGAAACAAGAUCAUAUUCUAGAAGAGGCAUUCUAUACAGUGUCUUUCCUUCAGCACUUCCAGGUGGAAAUUUUGAUAGUGACAUGCGUCAUUCUGCUGCUAUAGAUGGUAUAUGGGUAAAGAGUCGAAAAGUCUUUUAUGUAUUAGACAUAUUGUACUGGACUACUUUGCCAUUCACAAAUUGCGAGGCUGAGUUUAGGCUAUUUUGGCUUAAGAAUAAGUUAUUGGAAACAUCAGAUUUUAAAGAAUGCACCGAUACAAAUAAAUAUCCCAUUUUAACUCUACCAAAUAUCAAUUGUAAUUCGGACUUCAAUUCAGCUUUGAGAAAUCUUGAUGGCGAAUUACAUCCUUUAGAUGGAUUUUUAUUUUAUCAUCGCAAUGCAUUAUAUACUUAUGGAUAUACUCCACUUGUGACGUGGUUAAAACCUUUUAUGUUAUCCGAAGUACUUGGAAUAUCUGUACCUGCGCCACUUGAUGAAAAACCAGAUGAUUAUAUAAGUUUUGAACAUCAUGUACAGAAACAUAAAAUAAAAACUAAGAAAAAUGAUAAAACUGAGUUUGUUACUAAUGCUAUGGAAAUAGAAGGUGUCAUUUAAAUUAAGGAAAAUUUGUUAUAAUGAUCUCAAACGAAGACUGUAUGGAAGAGGAAUACAUGGACACAAAAUGUAUGGAAUAUGCGAACGUGGAGUGUGUGAAGUAUAUGAAUAAGGAGCAUAUGGAUGAGAAAACGAAGAAAUACGCUUUAUGAUAUUAUAAGAUUAUUCCAAAUCAUCUUGGAUGUUAGAUGUGCCACAAGAUUUCAUCAUUGAUAAUUGGAUUAUAGUUCUGUGUCCUAGGAAUUUAUAUCCUUUGAGUAGAUUUCUA